UUGAGUCUUUUCUUGCUUGCCUCUUGUGUUUUAAAUUUGAAUGCAUGAUACCUUAGGUUGGAGUUUCUUGGUAUCUUUGAAAUUUAGGAGUCAUGGAAACUAACAGAUGCUGCAUUUUGAUUUUGAUUUUUUGUAUGGCAACUUCCAUGUUCUCCCAUUGCGCAGAUGCAAGUAAAUCAGUAAGAUUACAAGCCAAAGGCCCAAAAACAAGAAGUUCAAGUUCAGCCAUAAAGCACACAAAGAAAUUGGAACUGAUGAGCAAGAUUAUGAGCUUAGUCAUUGAUCAAGCCACGGAUUCAUCACCCAACACUCAACCUUAUGUUGUGGGCUCUCCAUUUUCUCUGCCGCCUUUCGACUCAUUAGCACCAAUUCCAUUACCAGAAAAUUCUCCACCUUAUUGUGUUUAUCCCCCUUUCUCCCCUCAAACACCUUCCAUAACCAUCCCAACUCCAGCCGGAACCACCACAGCACCUCCUCCACCAUUCUACUACAUCCCACCUAUUUUCCCUGGUCAAAGCCCACCAAGCCCAACUGGUGGAAUGGUACCAAGACCACCAGAAACAGUACCGAGCCCAACAACUUACAUCCCAAGCCCACCUUCAUACGAGCCUAGUCCACCAGGAGUCAUCUUUCCAAGCCCACCAUCUAACAUUCCAUCACCCUCCGGCAACGUCCCAAGUCCAAUGUUCCUACCACCAAUUGUGUACCCUCCACCAACCGUGCCACCAUCGCCUUUAAGUAUGGGGCCGAGCACCGCCCUUUGGUGCGUGGCCAAGCCAUCAGUGCCGGAACCAAUCAUUCAAGAAGCAAUGAACUAUGCUUGUGGGUCAGGAGCGGAUUGUGAUUCGAUCCAACCUGAUGGGAAAUGUUUUGAGCCUGAUACAAUUGUUGCACACGCCUCCUAUGCCUUCAAUAGUUAUUGGCAAAAGAGCAAGGUUGCUGGAGGUACAUGCGGGUUUGGAGGCACUGCUAUACUUGUCACAGUUGAUCCAAGCUAUGAUGGUUGCCAUUUCGAGUACUAUUGAUUGGCAGACAUAUAUCUGUUUUGCAGGCCUGGAUAUUCAUUUUGUUUUUUCAAAUAAACAUUUUAGUUUGUUUUUAGUGUACUAUUUCCAUGGCUUAAUUUUUGUAAGGCAUGGUAUAGAUUAUGGUAGCUGGUCCUUAAAAAUUUCAGACCUUUUGAACCUUUUCUCUAAGAGGGGAGGGGAAGUGGGAUUAUUAUAUGUUUUACUUAGCUUUGGAAAUUUUCCAUUGUACAUGGUAUCCUCCACCCUUUGGCCCUUUCUAUAUGAGAUGUGUAAAUUGCAUUAUUGUAGCCAUGAGUAGAUAUAAUGAAUGAAUCAAUAAAUU